GACGUACAAAGCGGGGGCGGUCCCGGCGUGGGACGGGAUGCGGGUCGGUCCCGUGCGCUCUGCGAUGAGCGGCGCCUCGCAGCCCCGCGGCCCGGCCUUGUUGCUCGCAACCGCCCGGGGCGCCCCGGCCAAACGUCUACUGGACGCGGACGACGCGGCGGCCGUGGCGGCCAAGUGUCCUCGCCUCUCUGAGUGUUCGAGCCCCCCGGACUACCUCAGCCCCCCUGGCUCUCCCUGCAGUCCGCAGCCUCCGCCUGCCGCGCCGGCUUCUGGCGGCGGCUCCGGGAACGCGCCGGGGCCCAGCCGCAUCGCCGACUACCUGCUGCUGCCCCUGGCCGAGCGCGAGAAUGUGUCCCGGGCACUGUGCAUCCACACGGGCCGCGAACUGCGCUGCAAGGUGUUUCCCCUUAAACACUACCAGGACAAAAUCAGGCCUUACAUCCAGCUGCCAUCACACAGAAACAUCACUGGCAUUGUGGAGGUGAUCCUUGGGGAAACCAAGGCCUACGUCUUUUUUGAGAAGGACUUUGGUGACAUGCACUCCUAUGUGCGAAGCCGGAAGAGGCUGCGGGAAGAGGAAGCUUCCCGGCUCUUCAAGCAGAUUGUCUCUGCAGUUGCCCACUGUCACCAGUCGGCCAUCGUGCUGGGGGACCUGAAGCUUAGGAAAUUUGUCUUCUCCACAGGAGAGAGAACCCAGCUCAGACUGGAAAGUCUGGAAGAUACACAAAUUAAGGGGGAAGAUGAUGCUUUGUCAGACAAACACGGCUGCCCAGCCUACGUGAGCCCCGAGAUUCUGAACACCACCGGGACCUACUCCGGAAAGGCGGCGGACGUUUGGAGCCUGGGGGUGAUGCUGUACACCCUCUUGGUGGGACGAUACCCCUUCCAUGACUCAGACCCCAGCGCCCUUUUCUCCAAAAUCCGCCGUGGACAGUUCUGCAUUCCCGACCACAUUUCCCCCAAAGCCCGGUGCCUCAUUCGCAGCCUCCUGCGACGGGAGCCUUCCGAGAGACUCACCGCUCCUGAGAUCCUACUCCACCCCUGGUUUGAGUCGGUCUUGGAACCUGGGUACAUCGACUCAGAAAUGGGAACUGCAGACCAGAUUGUUCCAGAGUACCAGGAGGACAGCGACGUGAGUUCCUUCUUCUGCUAAUCCCAGAAACCUCAGAAACCUCAUAAUUCUCACACAUGGCAUUUCCACUUCUCAAGAUGGACAGGCCUUUCGACGUGGUGCCAACCAGACACGUGAUGGCGUAAAGAUUGUAGCUGCUCAAUGGAACGUGGAGCCCCUCUGACUUUGAUGAGCGACUUUAUUGAUCUGAGUAGUGUACGUGCACUCUGAUUGGCUGCCCUUCAAAAGCUCUUUCCCUUCCUAACAAACCCUUGCCAACUGUCCUGUUGUCAGAUUCAGGGGUGCACACCUUGUAUAGGUGGCAAAGCGUAUGGGUAUCCUACAGCAUGUAAACUUGAACAUUCUAAAGGGAGAGGAAGUGAAUCGCACAAUGGCAUUUGGGGCAAUAACCUAUUUUAACAGGGUGACAAAUAAUUUGGGCCAAUAAACCUGCCAUCUUCAAACUUGUCUUUGGUAGCUAGACUGUUCGCUACCCCAACUUCUCUGAUUGGAGAAUUCUGGUUUUUUUUUUUUUUUUUGGUUUGGUUUAACACUCACCCUUUCUUUACACACAUUUACCAAUGACUGCUCCGUUUUUGGAGCAGACUGUUUCAGGAGCAUAGGAGCCUGCCUGACCCAUGAACCCAGACUUUUUCUUCCGUUUCCUGCCAAGACCUCAUUUGCACUAAUGCCUUCUUUCUGACUUUGAAAUGUCACCUUCCCACCCUCGCUAUAAAGACACUGACCAGCUAACCGUGGAAAAGUAUCUCAAAAGAUUUAAACUGGCUAUUAUAGCACUCUGAGCUCAGACAGAGAGACUGUAGAUUUUAUAAAAUAAUUUGAGCGCUUGGAAACUGUUAGCUUUUUGGUUCCCCUCAAAUACGUUAGCAUUUAUCCUUUACUUUUUUCCCCCAAGACCAUCUCAGGGUGGAGCAUUUUGUCUAGGAGGAGAAAGAUAGGGAGACUCUACCACUCCUCUCUCCCAAGAGCAAAUGUUAAAUUUCAGAGAAAGUGAAUUUUGGAUAGUUCUCAGAACCAACUUCCAGAAUUAUACUUUAUACUUUUAAGGCCCCCCAGAUAUGGUCUGCCCUUGGCAUUGUGUGUGUGUAUGCCUGCAGUUUGCAUGAUGGGUUGUUAAUAUUUCAAAUGUGGUAUGGUUUAUGAAUACAUCUGUGUAAUCAGCACCGAGUGAAAUAUGAAAUAGGGAGCUCCCAAUUUUAAGUCUGGAGGGACUUUUAACAGUUGCCUAGUCCAACACCUUUCCUCUUUCUGCCACCUCCCAAUGCAGAAAAUCCCCCCUUCAGCUUCUUUUACAGCUGGAAAUCCAGCCUCUGUUCGAAUACUUCCAGAGAUGGGAACUCACUCCUACAAAAGAUAGAGCUUAACGAAAAUCUGCAACUUGCAUUAAAAAAACAAGUACAGAUGAAAAAUCAGUCAAUGUCUCAGACAGGACUGAAAUCUGGUGGUUGAAAACGGGUAAACCAAAACAUACUGUAUUUGAGAAAUGGCAACAAAAACAGGCAGUCAUCUUAAGGGCUACGCCUAGGCAAACUACUAACAUGCAUUGUUAAGAAUGCCGUGUAUACCUCAUGUACUGUGUACUUUGUACAUAUAUUUUUACCUUUUAUACAUAUGUCUGAUUUUUUUGUUGUCUUGGCUCUGAG